AAAAUGUUUGCUUGUCUAAUAAAAACAAUUUUUUUAAUUACAAAAUGUAAUAUUUUUUUGUUUAAAUAAACAAACUUUUAAAUUAACACUAGAAUAUUUGAUUACUUAUAUUGCAACCAAAUUUUAGUUGCUAAGACAAAACAUUUCUGCUACAGUCAGCUCGGUAACAGCGAGAUAAAAGACAGCCGAUCGUCAAUUGUUAGACGAAGCGUCGCGCGUCGCGUUUGCUCCUUGAGAUCACUUCGCAGUUGCUGUGCAUGUCAGCACGUGUUGCCGGUGCGUUCGCAGGCAGUUACCAAACGCUUGCGAUUUCGUGGCAGAAUAUAUCGUUUCUUUAUUGUGAGUGUGCGUAAAUUGUGAUACUGUUAAAAAGAUGGCAAACAUUAUUCGUUCGUGGAGGUUAAAAGAUUCCGUGGAAUCAAGUAUUAUAAAAAUACUCGAGGGUAUGUAUGACUUUUUUUAAUUAUCCACUGUCUUUCUAUGUAAUGUUUGUUUAAAACUUUGAUGUUUUAUUUAUGCAAAACUGACUUAAAUUUCGAAAAUUAUAACUAAGUUUUUAUUUUAUUUGUCUAUGUAGUUUUUUAUUCUUUGUUCAUUUGAUUACAAUUUAUUGUCUAGUAACCUUUUUAUUACUGUCUUCUCUAUUGCGUAAAAAAUUUAUACAUUAAAAAUGUCAAUAUAUAAUGAUAUAUAUACGUAGUAUGCUUAUAUCACUUCUUUCUCUGAUUAUAUAUAUCGUGUAGGUGUUAAAUAUAUUAUACGGAAAGAACUGUUUUUUUUUUUACUUAGACCUAAAAUAAUUUGGUAUAAAUAUAAUUGAUAUUACUAUGUUGUUAUUUCUGCCAAGUAAAUAUACUAUUGAGAAAGCAAAACGCACAAAUUUGUUGAGAUUGACCAACCAAUUUUUGAUUGCAAUUACUAAAUAUUUAGUUAAAUAUGCCUUAAUCAAAUUGUCCAAUGUUCCAAAUUUUUGUUCCAACAACAAAAUUUUUUGUCAAUUGAGUAAGAAGCUCACUAUGCUUUAUUAUUUAAUUUGAAAAAUACGGAAAUAUUUUGUCUUCUUUUGUAGUAAAUAUCGAACAUUUUUAUGCGCGUUCUUACACAAUUUGUUAAAAGUUAAAAAUCAAAAUAUUUUGUCAAUCAAAAGCUUAUUUAUCUGAUGAAAAUGUAUCUUGUACUUAACUAAACAUUUAAUUUUAUCCAUUACAUUUUUUAUUUUUUGCACUAAUUUUUUUAAUCUUCGAAGUAAUGGAAUUAUAUAUUUUCAAUUUUUAGAAAAUGCAAUUAGCGAUGAAAAUUUACCUGAUCUUACCCCAGCUCAUCAAAGAAAUGAUACCUAAAAUAGGAUUAAGAAUCGAAUUUUUAAAAAAUUGGACGGCGGAGUAUAAGAAAGAAGAAAUGUCUAAUGUUAGUAUACAUACAUAUAUUAUAUACUAUAUAUAAAAUUUUUAAUUUUUUCAAAAAAUCUUUUCUUAUUUUUAUUAGGAAAAAAUCUUUCAAAAAUGUUAUCUUAAUUUUAUGAGUGAUACAUUAUGUUAGAUUUUGUUUUUUAUUUAAUUCUAUCUAAUUUAGUUGUGACAGUAUUUUUACAGGUUUUUCUCUAAAAACAAAGUCACUUUACGAUGAUUAAAAUCAAAACUAUUUUUUUCAUGUUAAUUAAAUAAGAAAAUAAGACUCUUAAAUGUAUUAAUUAAAAAAUCGAGGUAAAAGGAUCAAAUUUGAGAAGGUUUUUUAAUACCUAAAGUUAACUUUAUUAUAAUAAAAAUUAAAAAAGAUUUUUUUACACAUUCUGAUAUACACAGGUAUUAGAAAUUAAAUCCUUCGAGUUUGAAAAAUUACUUUCUUGAUUAAUAUUUAUGUUUUCUUAUACCAUUCCUUUUUCUAUUACUUAUACUUUAUAAAUAUAGAAUGUAUAUUUCUAUUCUAUAUUUUAUACUGCAUUAUUUUUUUAUUAAUACUAUUAUUUAUUAUGACUAGGUUAUGACUUCGAGUACAGAAGUAUCUGAAAUGUCAGAUAAUUUUUCAUCACAAAGUUCAUCUGAGGAUAUCUGUAGUUUAAAGAAACAAAACACUUCAACGGAAAAAUUGACGUAUGCUAUAAAAAUGAAAACUAUCGAUAUCAAGGAAAUUCUACAUACAAACAUCCAAGGAAAAGCAAUUCUAAAAUCCUAUACAAAAUCCAAGUCUUUAUCACGACAUUCUAGAAUGCUAGUUGUCGACAUUAUUCUGACAGAAUUACUGAAUGAAGACAUCCAGUAAUGUCACUUUAUAUUUUGUUAAUAAUGCGUUAAAAUUUAUACUUUUAAUAGACGUGCAUAUAAGCAUAUGUAUAUAUAGUUUAUUAUUUGUUAUAAUUUGUUCAUUUUAUGUUUUUAGUUUGAAAAAUGAUGAUUUUCUAUACAUAGCAGAGGAAAUAGUAAAACUUUUUCCCACUGAAGCUACAGCUACAUACUACAUCCCCCCAAUUCCGAAAAAAUUAUCGCGAAUUGGAAAAUCGGUAAUUUCACGUGAAAAAUUAGUGGACAAGUAUCGGAACAAAAUACGUGCCUUGAAACUUAUUAACGAAUGGAAACCACUAUCAAAUGAUUUACAAGAGCAUAAAACUGAAAGUUCGGACUCAGAUGAAGAAGCUAUUCUUGAAGCUAAAGCAUGGCUGCAAAAUCAUUCAAUGCCAUGGGAAAUUGUUCUUACAAAUUGGAAACUCACUGCUGAAUAUCGACGAAAAAUGUUAUAUUAUAACUUUUUGCAGUUAAUAGCAGAUAUCACAAAAGUACAAGAACAGAAAAGAAAAAAAGCUGCAGAUCUAGGAAUUACAUUGCAACCUUUUAUCAUUGCUGUUGGCCCAUCCAACGAUAUUUCUGAUAUUUUUAUAUCCGUUGAUGACACUUUGUACAAGGUACCGUCAGCCUUAAAAGCUAUAGACUUGUGUUAUAAAAUCUUUCAAGUAUUCGACGUUGAAUAUCCGAUUGAAAGCGCUCACAUUUGGUUAUUAUUUCAAAGAGUUUUAUAUAAUUAUGAAAAUAGUUUAGAUAAAAUGACUCCGAAUAUAACGGAAAUAAUAAGUGAUAUGACAUUUCAACAUAAGGACACAUAGAUAGUCAGACAUAAAAAGCUUUAUUUUCUUUACGUUUUAGUUUAAACAAAUUAUAUUUAAAACUCUCCACGUGAUAAAAGUUUUUGUGCAUACAAACCUGGAAAGAACUCCAAAAAGUUUCUGUUAUUAAAUUUUGAUAAUAAAUUUAAGAAAAUACUUAUUAAAAUUCUGCGAAAAAUUAUAAUUUUGUUUAACUUUGUUUACUUUUAAAAAAAUUUUACUUUUUAAUACUAUAAACUUUUUUUACUAUUACUUUUAAUACUAUAAAAUAAAGAGUAUGAAAAAAGUUCUGCUUCUAAUUGUUUUACAUAAAGUGUAUGCAAAAAUGUUUUGUUUUUAAUUAUUAUUGUAAUUUUUUCGAUUAAAGACAAUAUUGAAAAUGAUUCCGUGCCCAUUUUGCGAAAUAAAAUUAUAUUCCGAAGCUUGUCUUACUAAACAUGUCAAAUUGCGCCAUAAGACUUUAAUAUCAUCAGUCUGCAAUUGUCGCAUUGAAGGAUGUACAAGAAUUUUUAAUAGUUUUUAUUCAUAUAAAAAACACUUUUUUUUAAGGCAUUUAAGAUUGAGCGGCAAAGUGCAAAUCGAUCAGAAUAAAAGUCCUGAAAAUAAUUUUUCUAAUCUUAUAGAGUUGAAAAGUUUAAGUGGUUCUAAUUUUAUGUCUUCGAAUACAAUUAUUCAAUCUGCACCGGAAUGUUCAUUUCACGAGCCUGUAAUUAUUAGUAUUGAAGCUUUCGAAUCUGUAGUACAAAAAGAAAUUUUAUCGUUUGUUUCACAACUUUACUCGGAGUUAAGUCUCACACGAUCACUUAUUUCUACGUUGAUAGAUAAAUUGAGGAAUUUGUAUGAUUUAACUUUCAUACCGAUUUUGAAGCAAAAAUGUAAUUCUAAAGAUGUUAAACAGACUCUUUCAGAUCUCACUAAAAUGUUAACAAUAUUGCAACACGGUUUUGAUAAUUUUCAAUCUGAUUACCACUGUUUAAAAUAUUUUCAAAAUGCAAAUACUCUGAUAAAACCACAAUCGGUCAGAAUUCAUGCACGAGUAAGUUCUCGCUUUAUAGGGGGAAAACGUAAAGCUAUUAUUUCAAAUUCAGAAAUUCAAGUAAUAUCGAUAAAAAUGGUUCUAAAAAAAUUUUUAGAAAUACCAAAUGUUUUAUUUUCAAUUUUAGAACACAUUGAAGAAUGCAAAUCAAGUAAAUCAAUAAUUUCAAAUAUUCAAGGCGAAUUAUGGCAAAACAUUGAGUCUGAAUUUGUGGGAAAAACCGUAUUGCCGUUGAUCUUAUACUUUGACGAUGUCGAGAUCAAAAAUCCUCUUGGUUCGCACGCUAAUAUACGAAAGCUUGGUGCCGUCUACUUUUCAUUAGGAUGUAUCCCAUAUGAAUUUAGUAGCAUGUUGGAAAAUAUAUUUCUUGCUCAACUUCAUUACACGAAAGAUCACAAGACUGCUGGUAAUAUGAAAACAUUUCAUAAUAUUAUCAAUCAAGUAACAGAUCUUGGGAAGUACGGAUUAAUUGUAAAUGUCGAUGGCCAGCAACGAACGAUUUAUUUUUCUCUGUUAGCGAUUAUUGGUGACAAUCUAGCUUUGAACGAUAUUUGUGGUUUUACAACAAGCUUUAAUUCACAAUAUGUAUGUAGAAUAUGUACAGUAGAUAAAAUUGAAAGCCGCAAACAAGUAAAAGAAAAUAUUCAAAUGCUACGAACUAAACAAAAUUAUUUAAAAGAUUGUGAAGAUUGCUCCAUGGGAGUGAAAACUAAAUGCGUUUUUAAUAAAAUCCCAAAAUUUCACAUUAUAGAAAAUGGAAGUCUUGAUCCUAUGCAUGAUUUAUUCGAAGGAAUAUGUAGAUACGAAAUAGCUAAAAUCUUAAACUUUUUGAUAAAUAGAGAACAUUAUUUUUCUCUUGAAAUUUUAAAUGCCCGCUUGCAGCAUUUUGAUUGUCGAAACUUUGAAAAGAAUAAACCAAUCUCAAUAUCUAGCAACGAUCUUAAUGCACAAAAUUUAAUUAUUUCAGCGUCGGAAAUGGUUUUUUUAAUUAAAUAUCUUGGUAUUCUGAUCGGUGAUCUAGUGCCCGUAAAUAAUACCGCUUGGGAAAUUUUUCUCGUAUUGCAGGAAAUUAUAAAUAUCAUAAUGAGUUCGUCUCUUACUUUUGCAACAACUCAACUUCUUGAAACUUUAAUAUUGGAACAUCAUUCACUAUAUAUGGAUGUUUUUGCAGAACCACUAAAACCUAAACAUCAUUUCCUCGUACAUUACCCCCGAUUAUUGAAAAGAUUAGGACCACUUAAACACUUAUCUUGCUUUCGUUUUGAAGCGAAGCACAAACAAUUUAAAGAGAAUGCGAAGGUUAUACGAUCUCGCAGAAA